AUGCAUUUGGUUGGCUUAACUUGGCUGUUCAAAGCAAUGGCAGUUUUAGAUUGCUGUGUCAAAGCUGAUCUUAUAUCUGUUGAACGAUCAAACCAUUGGGUUCAGCUUUCGGGACAUAAUGGCUCCUUCAUUCCGGACAAGGCUGAUACUAUUCUUAAAGUGUACAAUGAAAGGGAAAAGAAUUGUCUCGUCGCACUGUCCUUCGACGUUCUACGAAAUUUUGUUCCUGAUUUCAUGGGAGAGGCAACAACAGCCAACGGAAAUCGUAUCCUUUAUGUAAUUUCCCUAGGUUCCACCGCUUUACUUUGCGGUUUCACCACGGCGGUAAUUUUUUUUGCGCUCGUCACUAUAAUUCCUCUCACUCGAGGUGAAGUGUCUAUUGUUGAUCCCAUAACAUUCAGCUCCAAGUGUGGUCUGCCAAUGCAGCAGAGGCAGCGGAUGCAGGAUCUUCUGAAUGGCUUCAUUUGUCCCUCCAUAAUGGACGUGAAAAUGGGUCGGCGAACAUUCCUUGAGGAGGAGUGGCAUGCCCUUCAUAGUGGGACACCGAAACUGAGACAGGAUAUGUACCAAAAGAUGGUCGAGGUGGACCCGAACGAACCGACUCCGUUGGAGCACCAACAAGCGGCCAUUACGAAGCUGCGAUACAUGCAGUGGAGGGAAGCGCUCAGCUCCUCCGCCGAUUUAGGCUUCCGGAUAGAAGGCAUUAAGGACCAUGACGCCAAUCCUUCAAGGGACUUUAAACGGCUCAAGAAUUGGUCAGAUAUCAAGGGCUGUCUCAACAAAUUCACUGAGGGCUCUAAACAAUUACAGGCACGUUUUAUUGCGUACUUUGCGACCUACCUCAGGAGACUAACAUCCCUACAGAAGGUGCUUCAUUCAUCUCCUUUCUUCAACUCUCACGAGAUGAUUGGCACUUCGCUGUUAUUUGUACACGAUAGGACGGGAAACGCUAAUAUUUGGAUGAUAGACUUUGGCAAAACGUGUUCCCUCCCACCCUCCGUGAAGAUAGAUCACUACCAGUCCUGGGUGGCUGGCAAUCACGAGGACGGCUACCUGUUCGGUUUGGAGAGACUCAUCGACAUGUUCACUGAGCUGAUCCGCGAGGUGCCUCCCUCAGCAACCUGCAACCCCUCGUCGUCCCUUUGCACUCCUUUCCGAAAAACUGCCAUCGUCUGUGAACAGACUUCCCUUCCAGAGGCCAACAUCAUUAGGAGUGGGGGAAAUACCUCCAGGCAGCAUUAG